AUGGCAGCUGCCCCGCUAGAUAGCUCUAGCUCCCCGCCUGGCGCUGUUGCUACUGCUGCUUCGUCCGAUCAAACGCGUUCCCACGGCGAUCCCAUGGAAGAUACUGACCCUCAGUCCACCCGUAAACGUCCCCGUCUCGACAGCGGCAGCCGUGCCUGCGAGUCCUUGUCGACUGACGAGAUGUCCGGGCGGACUGAUGCCGCGGCAGUCUCGCGUCCCUCUAGCAGAGUUGCCAUUAAUAUGAAGUCGCCUACGACCGACUCUGAAGAACAACAGUCCGCACCCAUCGAUGAGCCUGCCCCGUCCUCUUCCUCUUCCUCCACCGUCCCAGACCAGUCUGCGCUCGGCGGUGAUGGUGCUGUUCCGCCCGCGCAGCCCGCAGAUACUAUCGGCGGCCACUCCUCCAACGCCAUUUCCCUGUCGUCUUCGCCAGCACGCAGCCCAGAGAUUGAGGUGGCAGAUGUGGAGGACGUACAUCAGGAUGCGAAUAUGUCGAACUGGAGACCCUUGGGGGAGGCAUUGCGGGAUCGUGCGACGCCGGAGGUUAUGCAGAUCCAUGAUCAACUGUCUCUGACGGACGCCUUUCCCAAGCUGCAGGAGCAUCUAUCAUUACGGGAGAACUUGGAUGAAAUAUGCGCGAUUAUUGAGAAAGGUAAAGAUACCGGACUACAUUCACGUCGUACCUGGGCUAAAAGCUAUUUGAUAGGAAACCCGCAUGACAUCACGGUUUUUCUGGCAGUCAAAAACUGGUUCGACGAUGUCGCCAAUAACUUGCACCAAUUGAAUUAUGAUACAUUUACCGAUGAUCGUGACUUUUGGGAGGAGCUUCCGGUCAUGGUGGAGUUCCUGCUUCGCAGAGUGCAAGAUUUCCAACCGGAUGAAGGCCACGGACCAUGGAUAUGCCUUGAGGAAUUUUUUAUGAGCUUCGCUCGGCUGACUUUACAUUUGGUUUGUUUGGAUACGCUGGCAUUGAGCCAAGUGGCUGAGGAGACGGACAUGCCUGCACCGGAACUGCUAUCAAGGACCUACUUGGUUUCGCUUGGGUGGUCCAUGCAAAUAAGCAACAUUCCUUUCUUUCGCAAUAUGGAAAGGAUUCAUGGUGCCGAAGUGGUCAACCUGGUUUCCCGUGUCAACGAUCAGCUUGCGGCUCCCCCGCUUGAUGCCAUGCGACGGUUAUCAGAGCUCGCAUCCUGUAUCCUCCCCGUCAUCCACCGACAUUCUUACCUAUCCCACGUGUUGAUAUCAAUCUUAACUGUUGCGCAUAAUCUUGCGGAGUCGGGAAUUGAGCGGAGAAGAUAUGGAGCAGAUGAUGCGCUCAUUGCCUCGCCGGUGUGCGCGCGAGUCACACAAGCGGUCUACGGCCUUGUCCGGGCUGCAGACGAAAAGUAUCAGAUGCACAUAUCCAAAAAGACGCCCUGGGUCACCAGUGAUACCAGUGAAUCCAUGAUCCGUUUGAUCUCGUUUACCUACCACGCCCUAUCCGUGCCCGAUCCCGAUUUUCAAUUGAGAUUGGCAAAUGAUUUAUCAAUAAACUUGCCUGAAGAUGCCAGUUCCGAUGAAUGUUCCCUCAUUAUUCAUUAUGGCUGGAAAUUCGGUGUUCUGAAGAAGCACAUAACGGAUGGGAGGAUGGAACUCAGGGUACACGGUAUCGAAACGAUGCAGUCGGAUUUGGUCAGCAUAUGGCGGCAACACAUCCAAAAUGCUCCUUCCGGGCUCGAGCAUCCGAUUGUUCCAUAUCUGGUCAAUUUCCUCAGGGAUAGUAGGAUCGUUGAAUAUGUCGUGGGCAUCGACUCCCACCCGCAGCUAAUCAGUAGAAGCGGUAACCUUGUCGGAUUUUUGAUUUUGACGUCUACCUACACCGACCUCGAUACAGACAUGAUUUGGAAGACAGUGACCCAAAGCCAAGAUUCUCGGACGGUAUCUGAAAUUCUAGGUAUGCUCACAAAAACCUUCCCAAUACACCCGUCCAACUCGUCAGUUCUACUCAACGUUUGUUCAAAACUACUUGAACUUCCACUGAACCGCUUCGAUGGACGAAUGGUCGAGUUUUGUGAUCAUUUAUUCCACCAGAUUCGGGAGAAACAUGAUCAACGGAACAGCGUCGACACUAUGGAUACUCUGCACGUUGACGCCAUUCCUCUGCGUCUUUGCGUACGACUGAUUCGUGAAAGUACUGCUGUUGAGGAUGUUCCUGUGGAACACAAGGCUAUCCUGCAGCAGUUCGCGGGCUCACAGUUAAGCAAGUUCAGCGUCGCUGGACUUGACGAGACAGAUAAAAUGGAGAUGUAUGAGCGCUGCAUCCAAGACAUUGCUGAAAUGAACCAAUUUGCUGUGGGCAGUGUGCAAGCUUUGGCUGCCUUGCUUAUCGGCCAGGAUCCUCAGGAAAUGCGGAAGCUAGCCACAGAGUUCGAUCUGACUCGCUUGGCAAUAGACGAAAUUGCUCAUGCCGUGGAUACGAACCAAACGGAUUUCACAGACUCCUUUUCUCGGAAUGGUUUCAUUUCGCGCGUUCAUAUGCUUGCCCGUAUCAUCGACAAAGCCGCAGACAGCAUUUCGACAAAUCUCGGUGAUACGUUAUGGAAAAAGGUGUUCAUGUCAUCGGCACUCGUUCAACAAGGAAGACGCGUCUUGUGGGACAUGCUGUGUGGACUGGCCAACCAUGCUUUCAAGAGAAACCCAUUCAUAGAAAGGUGUAUCCACGAAUUCAUUCCAGAACUGUCCCCGAGCGAUUAUACGCCAGAGGUUCUUGCAUUCGCGAAGCAGACCAUUAUCUAUGAAAUUCGCUUUAACCCUCCUGCGAUUGCCAAGGAAAAUGAAGUGGUUUCUAUUCCGGGGAUGGACCGGAUUUGGAAUUUCAUACUGACUGCUCCUCCGGGAUCGAUCGAGACGAAUGCAACAAACUUUGCGAUUGAGGUGUAUCUCGACCACAAUGUGAUUAAAAUGGCGCCACGUUCUGCUGUUGAAGCUACCCACGUUGGCCUAGUCGACCGCUGUGUAGAACAGCUAAAAUCAGCUGCCACGAAGCUAAAAUCAUUCCACGGUUACACGCCUGAUGGAAAGGCCGAAGCGAUGUUGACACCAGCAGCCGAGGACGAGGUCCGUUCUGCAGAACUGAGUUUUAGUCGUUCGUUGCUUUUUCUCCGCCAAUUGCUGCAAGGACUGAGGAACCGUCCUCAAUACAGCCCACCACAAGGGCAACCACCAGAUCUACCCGCGGCGCCUGUGAAAGGCGAGCCGAUCGAAUUCCGAUAUCAGUCGUUCGACGGUGGUGCUCAAUCGAUAGUCAAUUCUUUGCGCAUUGGAGAUCUCUCUACUACUUCCGAACUCAUUGACAAGAUUACACAGCUUACGGGUUUUACCAAAUUCAGAACAAUUUACGGCGGACAGAAGAUUGAUCUAUCUGAAAAAUCCGACUUUACGCUUCGAGAUUUGAAGCUUCGUUCAGGGAUGCUACUUAUUCGCAAUGAUGCGGACAGUCCUGUGGUGCCGUCUGAAAGGCGCCAAUCUAUGACACCUGUGGAUUCUGAAGUCCUCAAACAUUUUGAUGACCUUUAUGAUCUUCUAAAUCUUGACGACCACUUGGCUCGAGAGAUAUAUAAUUUCCUUGUGGUCUUCCCACCACAGGAGCGUGUCUUGGCGCUCGUGAAGUCCCCUGAUAAAACAGAGCAGGAUGUGCUCCCUAUGGAAAAGCCGUACAUCUUCCUUUACUCGAUGAAGGCCCUUUCAACAUUGCUCAGGGAAGCAGAAUCUAAGCCCUCGUUGGACCCGCAAUUUGUCUCUCACAGUAUUCGUGUCCUGGUUGCCGCUUCCAUACGUCCUGAAAUGUCCGAGUUACUUGCAGACAGUCCCACGAAGCUUUUGUUCGCAACAAGUCUUGUUGAGUCCAUCGUUUUGGCCCUGCUUGCGAGAUCAUCUUCUGUAGAAGAUUUACCCGUGAUCACUGAUACCACACCUUUGGUGAAGCAGCUUCUCCACUUCAUGGAUGUUGGGCGUCACGUACCAUCUACUUGUCUCACCGAAGUUGGUGUACAGAAAUUAAUUUGUAAUUCAUUUGCUGUUUUGAUUGAAGGUUCCAUGCGUGAUCAUGGCUUCUGGAACGCGGUCAAGCAACAAACCCAAUUUGAUCAGCUUCUCUUCUCGUUAUUGUUGGGCGAGAGUCGCCAAGCCAUUCGGAAAGAAAUAUCCGAGAAUAUUGCUUUGGUCUGCACUCCCAUGAAGCUCCUUCAAAAAACUGAAGAUCCUGGCGACCAGCAGUCAACAGCACCUGAGAACUCUUAUAAAGUUGACAUCAUUGGAACGAUUUGGGAGGCUUUCGUGCGAAUCUUUCCAGAAACUCUGAAUCAUGCACAUAAAUCUCAGGAGUUCUUUCAAGUCGCCGUUCUAGUCUUUCACUCGGUUGCUGAGAACCCCUCGCGCGAGCUUAAGUAUGAUGAGUACCUCAAGCAAUGGAGCACCAUCAUGCUGGGCCAUCAGACUCAAGAGUUUGUCGGACGAGAGCCUGUAGACUACCUUCUCUUAGGGUUCACUCGGCUCCUGUGGUCAUGUCUAGAUCGUGCGCACUCUACAAACAUCCCGGUCGACACUUUUGAUCUUACCGAGAAACUUUUUGACAGAUACCUUUUCCCGGAUUUGUCAACGUCUAAUGAGACAGCUAUUGUUCCUCGGGUUCCGGUCAUGCACAAUCAAACCCGUAUAGAGCUCUACAAGGUACUGACGCUGCUCAUCAGAGAUGAUCAGAAUUAUCUGAAGGUGGUGAAUCUUUUGGAAGACAUUAUCCCACGGGACAAUACGUACUCGCAAGCUUGGUUUUUUGAUCGCCAAAAGAUGAUUCGAUCCGCAGAAGGUUAUGCAGGACUGAAGAACCUCUCGAACACCUGUUACCUGAACUCCCUGCUAACACAACUGUUCAUGAACGUCGGGUUCCGUGACUUCAUGCUUCAGCUUCAGGUCACCGAACCUGAUUCUUCGCAAAAACUCCUGGAUGAGACAAAGAAGCUUUUCGGGCACAUGCAAGAAACAUGGCUUAAAAGUGUCGAUCCUCAGGGAUUGGUCGACAGCAUCCGCACCUAUGAUAAUGAGCCGAUCGAUGUCACAAUCCAGAUGGACGUCGAUGAGUUUUAUAAUCUCCUAUUUGAUAGAUGGGAAGCGCAAAUCGUCGACGCAGAAGAAAAGAAGAAAUUUCGGACGUUCUACGGCGGUCAAUUGGUCCAGCAGAUCAAGUCCAAGGAGUGUACACAUAUCUCUGAGCGGCUGGAGCCUUUCUCUGCUAUUCAGUGUGAUAUCAAGGGCAAGGCGAGUCUUGAAGAAAGUCUGCAGGCCUAUGUUGAGGGAGAGAUAAUGCAAGGAGACAACAAAUACUCGUGCACAUCAUGCGGACGCCAUGUCGAUGCUGUUAAGAGGGCUUGUUUGAAAGAUGUCCCGGACAAUCUUAUCUUUCAUCUGAAACGAUUUGAUUUUGAUAUGGUCACAAUGACGCGCAACAAAAUCAACGAUGAAUUUCAGUUCCCUGAACAUAUUGACAUGAGCCCAUUCAAUGUCGAAUACCUCUCUGAACAAAACACCGAAGUUCAGCAGGAUCUCUUUGAGCUUGUUGGUGUCCUAGUGCACAGCGGCACGGCUGAGUCUGGCCACUAUUAUUCGUACAUCCGCCAAAGGCCUUCAGCUGGAUCAUCAGGGCCAUGGGUUGAAUUCAACGAUUCGGAUGUCACUAGGUUCGACCAAUCGAAAAUUCCGGAUCAGUGCUUUGGAGGCCCCAACGGAUCGUUUCAGUCUAAUACGAACAACGUUCGGUACAACAAGGUCUGGAACGCUUACAUGCUUUUCUACCAACGUGUUUCUAGCGCAGAUACCGCCAGAUCCACCUACAAGCCGGCCAGUAAUGACAUCCCCGUGAGCGUUCCAGUGCCGUUGGAUCUGAAGAAUCAUAUCGCAAUGGACAAUGAGCUCUUCAUUCGGACAUAUUGCUUGCUAGAUCCAUACCACGCCCUUUUUGUCCAAUACAUUCUUGGCCGGCUUCACGAAUUGGCAGAUUUGAAAACAGAUACAAACUUCAAGUUGGUCAGGUCCACUGCAUUUAUUGCCUUGGACACGAUAGAGCAGUUGAUAUCGAGGUCCAAGGAUUCCGUGGGCCUGGAUGCAAUUGUAUCCGAAGUUUUCAAAAUUAUCACGGAGCUCCCGAUGGGUGCAUACCGGGUCCUUGAAUGGGUUGUAGAACGUCCGGCUAGCAUUCGCAAUUUGGUUCUGAAGAGCCCUCAUGCUGCUGUUCGCGGCAGCUCACUUAGGGUUAUCGCGGCCGCUCUUGCGAAAAUUAGAGACUUGCGAGAUGAGGCAGAGUCUGCGGCCGAGAAAGAGAAAUGGCAAGAACGAUACAUAGACGCCUUUGAAAGUGUUGUCUCCAUGCUGGAGAACCUGUGGUCCAUACUUCACACAGCUAGCCGCUCGUGGGAUGACUAUUUUGAAUUCUUGGUAUUGCUUGCCAGCUUCGGAACUUAUGAGGUCGGGGUCCUACUCGACAACGGAUUUUUGCUCAAAUGUUUGGAAAUAGUUUGGCUUGACCGGGAGGACCCCAAGAGGUUGAAGCGGCAGUACAUGGGUUAUUCCAGACUUAUCGAGAAAGGCCGCCGGUUUUCGCACAAGAAACUUGCUGAUCUCUUAUUCACUUUGCUAUCGCACAUCGACCUUGCUGCCCCUGCGACGGUUGAGGACGAGCGGCAGCCUCUGCCAGAUGGUAAAUACCCGCUGAACGUGGUGGAAAAUAGCUUUAUUCGCCCACUUGGGAGGAACCGAGAGCUGGUAGUGAUCAAGAAGAUCCUCCAGCAGAACAACAACCCUCAGGCUACCAUGAACAUAUUCGGUGUGUUCUUGGACGCGGAGCCCGAAGCUCGUCUUAUGGAUCCCAUCUGCCAGGUUUUGGAAGACGGUCUCAGAGUUGAGCCUGCGGAGUUUUGUGCACCAUUCUUGGAGGCUACCCUGCACCUCUGCCGUCGAAGUCCCGAUGAGGAGCGCAUUAUCUACAUGAUAGAUUAUGUUGCUAAGGGCAUUGAGUCGAUCAAUGGUAGUGGAGGGGCCGCUCACCUAAGUUUCUUCACGAACAUGCUGAACAUCCAAAAUGACCGGCUUGGUCUCAAUCAGGCUUGGUUUUUGUCACAAUUGAUCGAUAAGGUUCCGGACUGGGCGCCGACAUUGCUCGUUUACCCCGAGAGGGCGGUUAGGAAUAUGACUUUGGAAGUCUUGCGCCAGAUAUUGUUUACUGGAGAGAGCGAGGGGAUGGGUGAAGACUGGCAGUCGCGUCAUACUGAGGUUGCCAAAGAACUUGUGCAAGUUUCUGUUGACAGACUGAGGAAGACUUAUCUGUCGACCCCGGGGCAGACGGUUGAAGCGAAUGUUAUUGAGGAAAUCAAGGCCGUGAUUGACCACUGCUUGGUCACGUACUAUGAUGAUAGCGAGGAGGACCAGGAGUUGGUUCACCAGGUGCAGACGGUUACUACAGCCAUCGAAGAACUCGCCGCCGAUCUCCCCGAAGAGUUGGUUUCCGAGUCUGAUAUGCCUUCUCCAGAGCCCAAUGAGUGGGGGGAUGACUUGGUGAUGCCCAGCGAUUCUGAGGAUUCUCCAUAA